GAAACUUUCUACCAAUAUCACAGGAAAAACUUUGAAUUUGGUUAUUGGACCAAGAUUCUUGCUAUCCUUUUCCAUUACUGUAUAUGAUGAAACAAAUUGUUGAACUCAACUACCCCACCACACUAUCCAAUUCCAAAAAUGGUAACUGACGUAGGACCAAACUCUAGCACUUUCUAUUUGCGUAUCAUUGUCUCAUUUGACUUUGACUAAUUUACACCACCCUCACACACACCGCAAUCCAUUUCUUCUUCUUCUUCUUCUUCUUCUUCUUCUCAAUUUGCUUCCGCCAAUUAGUGAGUCAAAUGUCAGCGAUUCCUUUCAUCUUCAGUUUCAACGCUCUUCCUCGCACCAACUUCACCAGAUCAAUCAACGUUUCUCCAACUCGUUCUUUUCGCGUCUUAUGCAAAUCUCAAUCCAAGACACAGAAAACGAACAUAACAAGAAGGUUUUCUCCUUUAUUAGAAAGUUCAUUGCUUUCUCAUAAUGGUGAUGGUGGUGGUGUCGGUGUGGCUUCAGAUCAGUGGAAAGCAGUUCCUGAUAUUUGGAGAACUUCUGCUGACAAAUUUGGUGAUAAAAUUGCUCUCAUAGAUCCAUAUCAUCAUCCUCCUUCAACUAUCACAUACAAACAGUUGGAGGAUGCAAUAUUGGAUUUUUCUGAGGGCUUGAGAGUUAUUGGAGUACAUCCUGAUGAGAAGAUUGCACUUUUUGCCGAUAAUUCAUGUCGCUGGCUUGUGGCAGAUCAAGGUAUGAUGGCGAGUGGAGCAAUCAAUGUUGUUAGGGGUUCAAGGUCAUCAAUUGAAGAACUGCUGCAAAUAUACAACCACUCUGAAAGUGUUGCACUAGCUGUGGAUAAUCCAGAAAUGUUUAACCGGAUUGCAAAAGCGUUUAAUUUGAAGGCUUCAAUGAGAUUUAUUAUUCUUCUGUGGGGAGAAAAAUCAAACCUGGUCAAUGAAGGAAACAAGGAAGUGCCAAUCUUUACAUUCACGGAAGUCAUAAAUUUUGGAAAAGAGAGCCGCAGGUCAUUGUUUGAGUCUCAUAAUGCUAGGAAGCACUAUGUGUUUGAAGCAAUAAAAUCUGACGACAUUGCUACCCUUGUAUACACAAGUGGAACUACUGGAAAUCCAAAAGGUGUUAUGCUAACUCAUCAGAAUCUUUUGCAUCAGAUUAAAUUUUAUUCGGACAUUGUACCUGCUGAAGUUGGGGACAGAUUUCUAAGCAUGCUGCCUCCUUGGCAUGCAUAUGAAAGAGCUUGUGAGUAUUUCAUUUUCUCACGCGGUGUUGACCAAGUAUAUACAACUGUGAGAAACUUGAAGGAUGAUUUGGGACAUUACCAGCCGCAUUACUUGAUUUCUGUUCCUUUAGUUUAUGAGUCUUUGUACAGUGGGAUCCAGAGGCAGAUUUCUACAAGCUCCCUUGUUAGAAAGCUUGUUGCACUGACAUUUAUAAGGGUCAGCUUAGGGUACAUGGAAUGUAAGCGAAUUUAUGAGGGUAAAUGUUUGAUAAAGAAUCAGAAGUCGCCUUCCUAUCUCUAUGCAAUGUUGGAUUGGUUAUGGGCAAGAAUUAUUGCCACAAUAUUAUUUCCUAUUCAUAUGCUGGCAAAGAAACUUGUCUACAGUAAAAUCCAUUCAGCUAUUGGAAUUUCAAAGGCUGGAAUAAGUGGUGGUGGUAGCUUACCUUCUCACGUCGACAAGUUUUUUGAGGCUAUUGGUGUGAAAUUGCAGAAUGGAUAUGGUUUAACAGAAACUUCACCUGUUAUUGCUGCUCGACGACUUAGUUGCAAUGUUAUUGGAUCUGUCGGGCAUCCACUUAAGCAUACAGAAUUCAAAGUUGUAGAUUCUGAAACUGGUGAAGUUCUUCCACCUGGCUAUAAGGGGAUUUUAAAAGUCAAGGGCCCACAAUUGAUGAAGGGAUACUACAAGAAUCCUUCAGCUACAAAUCAGGUCAUAGAUAGGGAUGGCUGGCUGAAUACUGGUGACAUAGGUUGGAUUGUUCCAUACCAUUCAAUUGGGCGGAGUCGGAAUUCUGGUGGUGUGAUUGUUGUUGAAGGCCGUGCUAAAGACACCAUUGUUCUUUCAUCAGGUGAAAAUGUCGAACCGGGAGAACUUGAAGAAGCUGCAAUGAGAAGUAGCCUCAUACAACAAAUUGUUGUCGUUGGCCAGGAUAAGCGACGUCUAGGAGCUGUAGUAGUUCCUAACAAAGAAGAAGUCUUAAAGGCAGCGAGGGAAUUAUCGAUUAUAGAUUCCAAUAGUUCAGAUGCCAGUCAGGAAAAAGUGACCAGUUUAAUAUAUAAUGAAUUAAAGACCUGGACGUCUGAGUUUCAAUUUCAAAUCGGGCCAAUCCUUCUUGUAAAUGAUCCCUUCACGGUUGAUAAUGGGCUAAUGACACCCACGAUGAAGGUUCGAAGGGAUAGAGUUAUCGCUCAAUACAGGGACCAAAUAGAGAAUCUAUACAAGUAAACUUACCUAAUUCCAAUGGUAUGUUACAAAUAGUCAAGGUUCAAUCCGAAGAUCAAAUGGAGAAUCUUUAGAAGUAAACUGGCUAUAUGCUAAUGGCAUUCCCCAUAGAGUUUUGGCUGUAGACAGUAGCGAAAUCCUUAAUCCUUGUCCAUGUCUGAUAUUUCUUUUGUAAAUACUGUUCUCUGUCAUUACAUGAUGGAAAAUGCUCCUUUCUUCAUUUAAAGUUAGCACAUUAAGUUAGCGCGCUUGAACUAAUUAGCUCAACUUAGAUAGCUAAAUGUAUGUCUGGCGAGCUCAAGUUUAAGUUAGGAUUGUUCAAAUAAAUGAGUCAAACUUAAGUAAUUCAAUUUUUCACAGGCUGAA